AGAAAGCAUAAAUAAUCUUUUGACAUUGCCAUAUAUAUUUAUUUAUUCAGACAAUGGUUUGGAUAAAGGUGGAAUGAAAUGCUAUGUGUAUAAAAAUGUGACAUGUAGCUGAAAGGAAUUUAACAUACUUCAAGAUUGUAGUGGGGGUGGAUAUUUCAUCAGCGGUCAUGAUGGCGCUGUGGGUCCCUUCUUCAGCAUGGUCACAGAAGUCUAGGGUGCUUUUACAAUACUUUCAGUAACAAUGAAAAAAGGACCAUGGCUGGAAAGUUGCAUAAGAGAGAAAGUAAAAUGCAUCAGGGGAGAAAUGAAUUUUGUUCAGACUGGGUUUUAGACAAAAGAGCAGAGAGGAGUGGGUGGCUCAGAAAAGACACUAUGCUUAGUAACUAGAGAGUCAUGGGUAUAUUGAAAUUUUCUGCAUGUGCUGUUUUUUUUUUUUUUCCUAGCAUAACACACAGAAUCCUUGGAAAUAUUGUAUGCUUCGCCUGUGCUCCCUGCAUCCUCUGUGGACCUAGUAGAGAAGGCUGGCCCCGUGGACAUGGGAGAGAAGGGCCACCUGAGCCGGGUGCUGUUGGAAUGCAGUCUCAGUGACAAGCUGUGUGUUGUUCGAGAGGGGCAGUAUGAAGUAAUCAUUGUUCCGGCUCUCCUGGUUGGCUGCUUCCUCAUCCUUCUUGCAAUCAUCCUGUGGCUUUUUAUCAGAGGACAGAGAUCCCAAAGGCAGCGCCCUGGACCCCGAGGCACUACCUCUGUACCUGCAUCUAGGGGCCAAAGCCAGGAGGCAGAAGGACACGGAGAAAAAGUGCUUGUGCCUCUUAAGGAGACCUCAGUGGAGAGCUUUCUACGAGCAGUCACACCUCCCCUGGCUAAGCUGCAGGUGCCCAGGGAACAACUCUUGGAGGUUCUGGAGCAGAUCCACAAUGGUAGUUGUGGGACCCUCUAUCAUGCAACAAUGACCACCGGGGAUCACCCUAAGCCAAAAAGUGUUGUCCUCAAGGCUUUAGAAGACCCAGUUGGACUCAAGGAGGUCCAGGAUUUUAUAGGGCGGAUCCAAUUCUACCAGUACCUGGGGAAACAUAAGAACCUAGUACAGCUGGAAGGCUGCUGUACAGAAAGGCUGCCACUCUACAUGAUGCUGGAGAAUGUGGUCCCAGGGGACCUGCUCAGCUUUCUUUGGACCUGUCGAAGGGAUGUGAUGACCAUGGAUGGCCUACUUUAUGAUCUCACAGAAAAACAAAUAUAUCACAUUGGAAAGCAGGUCCUUUUGGCCCUGGAAUUCCUGCAGGAGAAGCAUGUGUUUCAUGGGGAUGUGGCCGCCAGGAACAUCCUGAUCCAAAGUGACCUGACUCCCAAACUUUGUCAUCUGGGCCUGGCUUAUGAAGUUCAUGCCCACGGAGCCAUCUCCUCUGCUCGCUCCAGCACCAUCCCUCUCAAGUGGCUCGCUCCAGAAAGGCUUCUCCUGAGACCUGCAAGCAUCAGAGGAGAUGUUUGGUCCUUUGGGAUCCUGCUUUAUGAGAUGGUGACUCUAGGGGCACCACCAUACCCUGAAGUCCCUCCCACCAGCAUCCUACAGUAUCUUCAGAGAAAGAAAAUCAUGAAGAGACCCAGCAGCUGCACACAUGCCAUGUACAACAUCAUGAAGUGCUGUUGGCGCUGGAGUGAGGACAGUCGUCCCUUACCUGUUGAGGUGCGCCUGCGCCUAGAAGCUGCCUCUAGAUCUGCCAAUGACAAGGCUGUGUUGCAAGUUCCAGAGUUAGUGGUGCCUGAAUUGUAUGCAGAUGUGGCUGGCAUCAGUGCAGAGAGCCUUUCCUAUAGCUACAGUGUCCUUUGAAGAUGGUCCCAGACAAGUGACUGUAUGUGUGUGGAAUGAGUUCCUUCAAGAACAAGGAACUUUCUAUGGCCCACCAAGGGAGACAAAGGACAUGAGUCCUGCAUCUUUUCCUAAACCUUUUCCUAGAACUAUGAAAUGCUGCUGGAUGAAGCUCUACCUCUACACACCAUGUACACUUGAGCUAAGAGUCAUCAUUAAUCACAGUUUGCUUUCCCGCCCCAAGGGAUGAAGUGCACAUGGUGGAAAGUGUCCUUCCAAAGGAGGUUUUUAAAAUCUGCCUUGUUAGGGAAUAGGGCAGAGGGGCUGGUCCCACUCACUCCAGGCUGGUUUACUACCGAAACUAUUUUUAAAAUCUAAACUAUUACAGAGUAAAAAUAAACCACAGGGGCAUGGAUGAAUAGCUUCUAAUUUUAACCAUGAAUCGAAUAUAGAGUUCAUGAGAAAGUUCAAGGUUCUUUCUGCUGAGAAGUGUAAGGUAGAUCAAUAUAUCCUUCAAGGAAAGGUUUUGUCUUUUGCAUGUUGAGGGCUCGCAAAAAUCCCAGUCUCUUCAUAAAAAGCUGAAGAAGAACUAUACGAAAUAAUACUGAGUUUUUCUUUGACUAUAGGUAGAAGAGCCUCCUUUUAUUGGACUCUGAGACAGGUGGACCAUGUAUGAUACUAAGUUUAGAAAGAAGGGGAGUCACUUCAUGGUUAAGAACAUUGUUCAUCACAUUUACUUGCUAGUUCGUGUAAGACUAAGGACACUCAGCCUAAAGAACCAAAGUUAGAACUGGGGAUGAAGUGAGUGUGUGUGUGUGUGUGUGUGUGUGUGUGUGUGUGACAAAUAGGAAGCAUGGAAGCCAAGCAAGAAGACUCAGUGACCCAGGUGGUCAUUAAGAGGUACAGAAAAGAAAUAAUCUGAUAGGAAUGGAUGGUACCUUCUAAUUUCUCAUCGUCCAUUGAAAUACUGUGAAACAACUCAUUACAUUAGUAUUUAUUGACCAAAAGUGGACUUUUCAGGUAUAUAGCUGCCAAAAUCUCUACAAUAAAGAGGCUAAAAGAAAAUAAAUGAAAGUGAUUUUACUAGAAAAAUUGAAGAAUCUACAUUUUCCAAAAAAAGAUUCUUUCUGUGCAAAAUGAGAUGACUACCUCACAGGGCUGGUGUGAGGAUCAAUGAGAAUAUGUAUUUGUGUAAUGUAUGGAAUGUAAUAUGUUCUCAAUAAAUAUUAGUUUUUCUUUUUUUCCCCUUUCUAA